CCAAGGAAAGAUGGUGCCGAAUCGGAUCAGCUGGUAUGCGUAUCCCCUGCCGCAAAAAGCGAUUCCUUCUCUUUAUUGCUACGGUAUCCUUCGUCUACUUUUUUAUUCUUUUAACCUUCCACAUUGAUCCGUCUUCAUCAGGCUUCCAUGAAUUUACGAAAUGCCCGGCGUGCUAUGGUGAUGGACUUUGCCCAAACUUGAGCAACCUCCAGCUUACGGGAUGGAGUCGCCUCAGCAUCUUACGGUACCUCAACGUCAAGAACGUUUUUUACGGUCGUCUAAACGGCCGAAAAGUUGUCGUGAAGAAGUUGGCACAUGACAGUGAACUGUUAGGUACUGACACCAAAUUGUGCAAGCGGUCUGGUUUGAGUGAUGUGAAUGUUUGUAAUGUGGCUGCGGCAGUUGAAACGACGCUGGGCGAAAGUAAAGAUCGCGUGUCAACGCUUAUCCGCUUUAUGAACCAGUUUCGGACAAAUCAGGACGCAACGACGUGUCCGCAUCCUAGGUUUGUGGAGAAAGUUCUCGACACCGUUACGCGCAAUGCUGCUACACUAGCUGCAAGAGACAACCGUUUAGACCCCGUCGCUGUUGUUGCGUACACAUCUGCGGUUAAUCCAGAACCGUUAAUUUUACAGGCCUUCCCACGACACGAAGGCUGGCCGUUUCCAACGUACCUGGGCAGCUGCGGUCGGCUGGUCGUCGAAACGGACGCGGGCACUCCUCUUUCAAGCUACGAGGGUGCGGAUUGGUUGACGAGAGUGGCGCUUGCGGAGCAGCUCUUGGGAAUUGCUCAACAGCUAACGGAUAAUCCUACCGGCUUUGCGCUGUACCUGACGGACGUGAGCAUGGACAACUUUGCCGUCAGCGAGACAGGAACCGUGACAGUGGUGGACGUGGAGAACGUUAUCGUGGUUGAUCGCUUCCAGCUUGUACAAGAACGAAAACCUGGCUGGAACAAACGAGCCCAACAUCUGGUGGACGCCUGCCAUGACUGCCUGAGUUUUGAUUCUGCGGAGCUGUGCUCCCACUACACGGCCGACCACAACUACUACGCCGUCUGCAGCGGCCUUCUGGCACCUCGGGCGUAUUACUCUUUGCGCGGGGGACUGCUACAUUCCGUGCCGACGGACGUGAAUGGACGUUUUGGAUUGUCUAGGAUUCUGGCAGCAUGUGACCUGCCCCGGGGUAACUACAGCCGCUUCGACGCUGCUCCCGCGCUUCGUGCUGCGCUGCAACGUGUCUUGGAAGAACGUGUUUCGUGAUGAACCUUGUGGUGCGGUGUUGUACGGUGAGGUGUGCAACCUAGACGGGCAGUGAGAGCACGGUGAUAACAUGAUCGCUCGAAAAAGUGAGUGUGAUCAGGCUGCUGACGACACGAGUGUUCACGUUCAACACUCGUGUGCUCCGGUGACGCGCUUGGGGUAUUCGAAACUAUCCAUUGCCUUGGAAUAUGAAAGCCCAAUGGGCUCCACCUUACAGCUUUUUUAAAAAUCUGCAUUACCACCAUAGUGUGGCUUAGUACAGAUGUGUUCAGAUGGAAAGUGGUGAAUUGGAAAGUGUAGAGGGCUAAUGUGUUCUAUGCACCAACUUGGAACUGUGCCCUCACUUGUCUGAAGACCCUCCCGGAAAACCUCUGGAAAACCCCAGGAAGCACACUUACCCACAAUCGCACAAUUAUUUAAUAUAAUAUGUAUUUAUAUUGCUAUGUACAUAUCAAUAUAGUGCUGGUACAACGCAGCACAUCUCUUCUUUAAAUGCAUGUCCACUCGCGAGAGAGAAUAAAUGAGGGCGCAUUGCACUUUGCA